AUGGGUGGUUCAUCGGCUUGUUUUCGAUCUCAAAUUCCCGAACCAUUAACAAAACAAGAAAUAAAUAUAUUAUCAUUAAAAACAAAUUUAACUCCUGAAGAUAUUCAACAAUACUAUUUACGUUUUGUUCAUUGUUAUCCACAUGGUUAUUUAUCACGACAACAAUUUAUUAAAUAUUAUCAACAAUUACGUGAUGAACAUAGUUUACAAAUAAAACCUUUAAUUAAACAAUUAUUUGAUGUAUUUGAUUUAAAUAAGGAUAAUAAAUUAGAUUUUUCAGAAUUUUUAUUACUUAAUGUAUUAACUAAUAAUGGAUCAAUAAAUGAAAAAUUAAAAUUAAUAUUUUCAUUAUAUAAUAAUGAAAAAGAAAAGAAAAAAUCAAUGUCAAGAGAUGAAUUAAAAGAAUUCUUAAGAAACAUGUUUGAUUUAUUUGAUAUUCCAUCAUCAAAAAAUCAUAUAACUCAAGUUAUUGAUAAGAUUUUUCAAAUAUAUUCUAUUAAUAAAUAUGAUAAAAUAAAUUGGAAUCAAUUUAUUAAAGAAAUUCAUAAUGAUGACAAUUUAUAUGAAGAAUUUAUUUUAUUAGAUCAGAAUAAAGAUGAUUAUUCACAACAUUAUCAAUUUAUUCAAACAUCUUUAAGAUUUUAA